UUCAAGUCCUCCACCAUAACCAAUAAAAGAAUUCUUAUUUCUUAUGUUAAAAAUAUUUAAAUUUACAAAAAGGUUUUCUUCUCUUUUGGUUUGCUUAUAUAUAACUAUAAAGUUGUUUUUUUACAUUUUUGAACAUAGUAAAAAGACUCCUCCAAAACUAAAAUUUGUGUUUGCACCCAAUAUAAUUGUUAUUAAUUUUUCUAAAAUAUAUGUCUGCAUUAGUUUAGCAGUAAAACGUUAACAUUUUUUUAACAUUUUUUUUAUUUUUGUUUUAUUAUAAAAAGUUAUUUAAGUUUAUAACUUCUUUUUUUUUUUAACUUUUCUUUAUUUUUCUUCUUAUUCUAUUAUUAAUUUUUUUUUGUGUGUGAUACUUUGUAUUUAAUUAAUUUUUUUUUAACAGGAUCAUAUAUUUAAAAAUAGGUCCAAUUUAUAAUAUUUUUUAUAUUCACUUAUAGUUCCUAAAAUUUUGUUUUUAACCGCUAUAUUUGGAUAUCACGAUAACUAGUAAGGUGUCAUUUUUUGUAGGCCUUAAAAAGAAUAUUUGUUUGUUUCGUGGACCUGUGAGAAGUUAUGUCUUUGAAAAUUUCUCAUUGUCUGGCGAAAAUAAUAAUAUCUGUAAGAAGGGACAUGUACUUUACUCUUUCAUUACAAAUGAUGAGUCGUAUUUUAAAACUGUUCAUGAAAUUAAUCAGUUAUUUAACUUAAAGACUUGUAAAGUUCAACUGAGGAGUGUUGUGAAUGCAUGCAAGAAAUGGACUUUUAACUUUAAAAGAGAUUAUAAUAAUAUCUCAAUUUUUUGUAACGAGCCCUUUGUAUGCGCAACUCCCAUUGUACAAAUAGCACAGCCAUUACAUACUAACACUAUUAGUUCAAUAAACCCUGUUUCAUUAUCAUCAGUGGAUUAUCCUGUCAAACAAAACAUUAAUUUAUCUUUAAAAAAAGGCAAACCUUUUUCUUUUUUAGAUUAUGUAAAAAAUAAGCCACGUUUAGAUAUGUCUAGAGAAAAUUUGAGUCCGAGAAAAAAAAGACUACGUACUAGGUUAUCAUAUAUAUCUUCAAUGUUAGCUAGCACUUCUAGAGGAAAUCGAAACAAAAUAGCAUUAUUAAAGGCUAAAUUAGGCAGCAUGCCAUACAGGUUAAAAGUAUUAAGACAAAGUGUCAAAAGAAAAGAAGAUAUUAUAAAAGCCUUACGACUCAAAGUUAGAGACCUAAAAAAAAAAUUACAAACAUAUCAUUACACUAGGGUUAUUCACCAUUUGCAAGAUGCAAUAAAGACAAGAAAAACUAAAGAAAAAAAAAAUUGCGUGAAACGAAUAUCCAACAUAAUAAUGAUAUUAGGCAAAAUACAAUGGUUAUUGCAAGUUUUGAAAAUGAAUUAUUAAAAAUGGAAGAGAGCAUAAUUCCUGUUAUGUCUGAAACUGAAAAGUGUUAUCCUUUAAACAUUAGGCUAAUAAUUUAUAGCAUGUUGUUGUCAAAUGUGCCUACAGGUAACAUUCCAUUUUUGUUAGAGAAAAUUAGCCAGUAUUUUGGUGUGAAUUAGGUAGUAUAUCAGAAUUACAAGCAGCAGAAUAGGCUAUCAGUAAUUCUCAGCUUACUCUUGGAUUUGAUGCAACAACACAAGUAGGUGUUCAUAUAAAUAGUGUUCACUUUACGUCCAAAGAUAAAUGCCUUGUUAUUGCUCUGGAUCAAUGCCCAGGAGGAACAGCUGAUGAUUACGAAAAUCAUAUUUGUAGGGCAGUAGAUCAUCUAGCUUUUGUUUAUUCAGAUUUUUAUUUACGUAAUUAUGAUGAGUGUCGUCAAUUGAUUAUUAAAAAUAUUUCCAACACAAUGUCAGACAGAGUUGCAGUUAACCAUCUGACCAUAAGCAAAGUUAGUGCAACUUGGGGUAAAACUCUGAAUGAAUUGAAUUGUCAUUUGCACCCUCUUGAUACAAUUGCUACUGAAUGUCGCUCAGCAUUGAAGUGUCUAGAGACAGAAAAGUGUGAAUUAUUUGGCAAUGAUUGUUUAGCCGUCAAAAUUGUCUAUGAAUAAGAUGAAAUAAUAAUGAAUAAGUUUAAAGACGGUAAAGGUGAUCCAGAGGGAUUUGUUACUUUUUUAGACCACAAAAAACUACCUAGGUGUAUCAUUACUAGAUAUCGGGGAAACCGUCUCCAUAUUCUUUUUCAUACUUGCUUUAUAUUUAUUAAACACUAUGAUGAUUUUCUAAAUUUUCUCAUCACAGGAACAGUAAAAUGUGGCAGUUUGCAAGCAGCUCUGCGAGCAGCAUUUUGUAAUGCUACCGCUAUAAAACAGAUGUGUGUGCUUGGUGUAUUUGGGAAACUGCUAAGUGGUCCGUGGAUGACUAAGUUUUAUGUAUCAGCUGAGGAUGCAAGUUUUGAUCAUCUCACUGGUAUUCAGAUUGUAAAAAACAUUUUGGAAACAGUUAAGCUUUGCAAAUCUAAUCCGGCUGCAGUGUUUUGCAGAACAACUGAUUUUUUCGGGGAAAUGCUUCCCUCAAAUGUUUUUGAACCAAUAACAAAUUUAUGCUGCAUUGAUGAUCAGGUUAUCAACAUGACUUCAGCUUGCCUUAAUGCAGUGGAGGAUGUAUUGAUUAGACAAUAUAAAAAGUACUUCUCCCUUUCCAUUACGGAGACACUUAAGCAGGAAACAGCUAGUGCAAGGCUUCAUAAUAUAGAUAGUGAAGAGUUAAUGGGUAUGUUUAGUGAAUGUAAAGGAAGAUCCCCUAAUGCAACAACUUGUUAUAUUUCUUGCAAAAUAAGAUCAAAAAAGAAUAGGACUAUUGAUUAUCUUGAUAGUUUAGUUCAACUAAGUAGAGAAAAUGUAGUUAAGUGGUCCAUUUUUACAGCACGUAAAGAAAGAAAGAGAAAUCGCCUACAACAUGCUCAAAUUCGAUCUGUAAUAUAUGAGAAACAGACAUGCAAGCGUCAAAUGUUGGAUGAAAAAGAAAAAAGGAAAUUAGAACGAAAACUUAAAUUAAUGACUUUCAGCCAGAUUAAGAAUUUCUAUAAACAAUUGUCUACAAAGCAACUGGAUGAUUUAGAUGAUGUUAUGUCUGACAGAAUUGUUGGUAGAAAACUAUGUCAUGAAUGGUAUGACACUGAACAAUCUAAGAAUGUCAUAUACGAUGGUAGAGUAGAAAAAGUAAAAAAAAGAUUGCAAGACAGAAUUUACACAAUCUCUUACUGGAAAAAAGAUGAAACUGAUUCUGAAGCUGUUGAUUAUUGCAUGAAAAAAUUUCAGCUGGUCGCAGAUGUUGUUUCAGGAGAAUUAAUUUUUUUUUAAUGUUAAUGUGUAUUAAUUGUUUUUAAUGUUAAUAUGUAUUGUUUUCAUAAUUGUAUAGUUUAUUAUGUCCAAAAUAGAUACUGCAAAUGUUAUAAAUUAAAAAGUCUUAACAUUUGAAAAGUACCGCAAGUGCUGUGACUUGCAAAAAGGUAACCAGCAAGUGUUGUGACUUGCAAAAACGGUGCCGCAAGUAAUGUGACUUGCAAAAAGGUAACCAGCAAGUGUUGUGACUUGGAAAAUUGGUACCGCAAGUGCUGUGACUUGCAAAAAGGUAACCAGCAAGUGUUGU